AUGCCUGGUUCUCGGCGUCAUAUGGAUGUGGAAACAGCAACAAGAGCAGUGUUUAUGCUUCAGGAGGGAGAAUCUCAGAGAUCAGUGGCAAGACGUCUUGGUGUGUCGCGACGCGCUAUUCGAAACGCGUGGGAACGCUUUCUAGAGACAGAUAGUGUCGCGAGGAGAUCUGGAUCUGGAUCAGGAAGAGCGCGAGCUACAACCGUCCAGGAAGACCGUUAUAUCAGAUUGACUGCACAUCGAGAGCGUACGAUUCCCGCCCGCGUCUUACAAAAUCGACUGCGGCAUUCGAUUGGCACACGAAUUAAUGAUCAAACCAUUCGAAAUCGGCUCCAUGAAGACGGACAACGUUCCAGAUCCCGUGUUAUUCGUCUAAAAUUGACAAGAGCGCAUCGUGCAGCACGUUUGAGGUUUGCUCGCGAGCAUGCGGAGUGGAUAAUGGACAACUGGAGAAAUGUACUCUUUACGGACGUAAGUAAAGUGAAGUUUUUCAGCGAUGAUCGUCGAGUGCGCGUGUGGAGAAGAGAAGGAGAACGUUUUUCAGAACCUUGCAUACAUGAAACGGAUCGUUUUGGAGGUCCAAAUGUUAUGGUGUGGGCUGGAAUAAGCUUGCUCGGUAAAACUGAGCUGUUAAUUCUGGAAGAAGGCUCCAUAACUGCCUCCCGUAAUGUGACUAAUCGACAAGAGCUCAUAAACGCCCUAAAAUUAUGUUGGGAGCGAAUACCCGAGGAAAACAUCACCCACUUGAUUGAAAGUGUCCCAGAUAGAUUCAGAGAGUGCAUACGGAACAGAGGAGGACCUACUCGCUAUUAA